AUGGCAGAAAACAUCGAGAAUGGCUCUGAAAUAAUUGACAGUGUUGGUUAUAAAGCUGGCAAGAAUCGCUGGUGCCAACCAUGUAGCGAGGACGGGAAAGAAAUCAGCGCGGAGGGAUUAUGUACCGAUUGUGAAGAAUAUCUCUGCUUGACAUGCUUCAACGCGCACUGCAUUCCUCGAUGUUACAGAGGUCACACUAUUUUGAAGAAUGAGCAGAUAAAGACAACGGGGUCAGAUGUUGACCAUGUCCAGAGUCGCUCUAGUACUCAUUCGGAAUAUUGCUCUUUACAUAAACACAAAUUACUGACGCAUUUUUGUGAGGGACAUCAAGAACUUUGUUGUGAAAGUUGUAUAAACGUCCUUCAUAAAUCUUGCUUCGAUGCUCAACGAGUAAGUUUAUUGGAAGGUGAUGAUUUAGAAAUGAGUGAAGAAUGGGGACUUUUUAACAAGCAGUUAGAAAAAGUUCAAGCAUCAUACAAAUCAAUUCGUAGUGAAACUGUUGCCAGUGUAGAGAGGAAGGACGAGGUUCACCAAACGGCAUUGAAGGCAUUUGUCGCUGCAAUUGACAAAAUAGAACAAAGUGACAAAGACCGGCUGAUUAAUACCAAGGCAGUGUGUGAUGCGACCCUAGAUCAAAUAUCUUCUUGGCGCUUAGACAUCGAGAAAAAAUCACAAAACAAAAAUGUCCGAGGCUUGCGUCUUCUUAUGAAACGCACAGAAUCAUCUUUGAAAAUCAUGAAAGAAAAUUCUCAACAGUUGUUGGAAAAUAGCCUCAACACUGGCUAUGAGUUUGUUUCCAAUAACGCAAUGCCGUUUGAAGUCGCCACACAGAUUGGCUUUCUAACAAUGUCACCGUACUUAUGCAAACAGAUCACUGUACGAAAUAAAGGUGAACUCCAAGCUGUCAUAUGCACGUCCCUACAUUUUGUACCUGGCGAAAAGCUUGUUGCUAACGAUUUGAGGAAUAAUUCAUUGAAGAUUUUAGAUUUAUCCUCAUGUGAUUCUACAUCGGACAGAUUACUAAAGUCAGUUCAAACCAACGGCUAUCCGUUUCAAACUACACUUUCACCAAAUGGAAACAUUUUUGUUACAUUUCCCACUAGAGGAAUCUUAGCAAAGUUUUCAGACCGCGAAUUAAAACUCUUGGAAGAAAUCGAUGUCGGAAAAGACUGUAAAGCAAUUGAAUAUGUCAACGGAAAAGUAAAGACUUACCAUGGUGUUCCUGGGAAGGUUUUGGAUAUGGAUUGUACUACAAAUAAAAUUAUAAGGAGCACAGAUAUUUCUUACGUUUCUAAAGGCAAAACGCGAAUACUUAACACAUGGUACUCAGCUGUAAACAGCGAAGACGAGUCAACCAUUUUUACUUGUCAUGACAACAAUUGUGUGUAUAAAGUAAACGUUGAUGGAAAGGUUACAAUUAUUGCGGAAUCGGACAUUUUGAAUGCACCUCGUGGUCUGUGUAUGGUGGAUAAGAGAACCCUGGUUGUUUGCAGCACAGAGGGGAAAGCGCUUUACAGAGUACGGCUUGAUGGGAGUAUAUCGAAACUCGUAGACAAUCUCAGCUUUAAACCAAAGGCAAUAGCAUUUUGUAGAGAAACGAGCGAACUAGCAGUUGGUGGUCAUAGUGACUUUAUCCAUGUGUACUCAUUUAAAUUUUAA